AUAUAGCACUACUGAAUGGUACUUAUCCAUGCAUAAAUAUGUGGUCCAGGCAAAGAAUAUAUUUUUCCCUCAAAUCUUAUAUCUGUGUUGGUUACUUUUAAGGAGGCACUGUGACAUUCCUAAAUAAAAUCUGAAAUAAAUACAGUUAAAUGCAGAUAGACCCCUAAUAAUUGUCACUCCGCGGUUCUAAUUGUGUAGAUAUUAGACCCUCUGAGUGAAUUUUUUACUCUUAAAAGAGUCAAAACAAAAUUUAUAACGGCGAAUAGACUUCUUUUUUUUAACUUCUUAAAAAAGUCAGAAAAUUAAUUUCACCAAGGGGUCUGUCCGCAAUUAAUUUUCUGGAUUAUGUUAAUUAUUAAGUAGUUGGAAUAAAUCAUACCCGUCCUAGAUAUUAAUGUACAACUAUGAUUCAAGAAGUUGUCUCUUCCAACCGCCGGACUUAUUCACAACGCACAUAUCUAAUGCUAAAUAUUGUAACCUCAACAAAAGAACCAGGGACUUUGUAGUCAGCAAAAAUAUGAUUACGCUUAGUUGUUAGAUUACCUACAGCAUCAAGCAAAUCCCUAAUCAUCAUUAGAAAGCUACUCUGUCUGUACAUGUCUUCUAUAAAUGACAAAAGGCAAAUAAUAUUUGUAACAUCAGCCUGCACUCAAAACCCUAGAAUCUCUCAGAUCAUAUUUGUGAGUCAUUUGGUAGACAUUUCGAUGGAAGGAGGAGAAUCUAGAUUGGCUUCACAUUGUUAUGUUCUUGAGAUCCCUCCGGUAUCAAAUCUGACAAAUUUGCAGCAAGAAGAGAGCCUUCAGGGUUUGAUCCAGGGUCCUAAUUGUAACCCUAAUUUCAAGCCUUGGUCCAAUGAAGAGUUGGAGACCUCAGAUCCCAAAGAUGUUAGCAACUCAUGGUGGAAGAGAUCGAGCUUGGGUGUUGAGAAGGGGAAGAUGAGGAUGAGGAGGAAGAUGAGAGAGCCAAGAUUUUGCUUUCAAACGAGGAGUGAUGUGGAUGUGUUGGAUGAUGGGUACAAGUGGAGGAAAUAUGGGCAGAAAACUGUAAAGAACAGCCUUCACCCCAGGAGCUAUUUUCGGUGCACACAUCAUAAUUGCCGAGUAAAGAAAAAAGUGGAGAGAUUAUCAGAAGAUUGCCGCAUGGUUAUCACCACAUAUGAGGGCAGGCAUACACAUACUCCUGAUGAUACUAACUCAUCAGAACCUGAAUGCUUCAGCUCAUUCUAGCAAUUUGAUGUAUUAUAAUAUAUGACACCUUAUAUUGAUUAAAGUGAUGUAAUAUGCUAUCGUCAUGUAUUUAAUUUCGGGAAAAUACUUUUGAUGAUAAACCUUUUUUUUUUU